UCUGUACGGUUUGUAAAUUGCGUUACAACGAUGUGUUUCUUUAGUCAAUUUUUCGCUCAAUAUAAACAAUUGCGCUUGUUUUAAGAAUUUUCGCGCGUAUCUAGAAGAGACUUUAGUGAGUGUAUGCAUAAUGUAGUAUCUGACGUGUCUACGCCAAUGUGUCGAAAAUUGUUUUGGCAUUGAGCGUUGUGAAAUGUCAUUCCGGCAAAUUGCCACAGGUUAUGUCAUAUGCGCGACGGUCGAAUAGUUGAGCAUUUCUGAAAUGGAGAACAGUAAGAAAGAGGUGGAUUUUUAUCGGGACACAUACGUGAGAUAUUUAGGUUAUGCGAACGAGGUUGGCGAAGCAUUCAGAAGCUUAGUACCAAAGACUGUGGUUUGGUUUAGUUACGUACUAGCCAGCGGAUAUGUUGUCGCAGACACGAUGCACAGAGGUGCAAAAGUUUAUCGAACGGAUACUAGUGCGGAGAAAAUCAAAAAUGUUUUAUUGUCCACAUCGGACACCCUGAUAUGGCAGUCAUUUGCAUCUGUGAUAGUUCCUGGUUUCACCAUAAAUAGAAUAUGCGCGGCAGUUCUAUUCGCACAGAAGAAAAGUACAAAUGUGGCUUUGAAAAAGCCUUGGAUCGCAACGCUUAUCGGUUUGGUGUCCAUUCCCUUGAUAAUACAUCCCAUAGACCACGCUGUGGAAGAUGUGAUGGAUGUUACAUACAGGAAAUGGACGGGAUACCAUCCGAACGCGCCUUUAUGUGGAGUAAAACAUGAGUAAUUGAAGCACAUAGCUUAUUAAAAUUAUAGUACGCAAUUACAACCUGAGAGAGGUCACAUGUAUUUAAAUCAUUUACUAAUUAACGAAUUUAAAAAAGGUUUUCUUAUAUUUAUAAUGGAAUAUAUAAUAUAAAGAGACCCUGUGCGCGAGCGUAAUUAAAUUUA